AUGGUGAUCUCAAAGCAAGACAGUAUCAUCAUUGUAGGCGCCGGGGCUUUCGGUCUAUCGACCGCUCUGCACCUGUCCCAAGCUGGCUAUUCCAAUAUUACCGUGUUCGAGCAAGAUGACGAGGUCCCGUCUGCCUACUCGGCCGCAAAUGACCUCAACAAGAUCAUGCGCGCCGAGUAUGAAGACCCAUGGUAUACGGAAUUGACUAUGGAAGCCGCCGAGGCUUGGAAAGCACCACUUUUUGCCCCUCAUUUUCACCGAGUCGGAUUUCUGCAUUGUGUUUCUGGAAAGGCCCCGGCAAGAGCCGUCGACACGCUCAAUAGAUUCCGCGCGGCAGCGGAGCGUCAUCCCAUUUUAGCAAAACAUGUUGUGUCGCUUGACUCAAAGGCAGACAUACAAGAAGCAUCUUGGCAGCUGAACGGAUCCUUGCCGGGCUGGAAUGGUUAUCUGAACAAGUUUGAUGGCUACACGCAUUCUGGAAAUGCUCUGAGAUCGGUCCACAGAGCCACUCGAGACCAAGGUGUCAGGUUCUUCCUGGGAAAAGUCUCUGGAGCCGUAGAAAGCAUUGUAUACGAGCAGACACCCAAGGGCCGCAAGAGCAAAGGCAUCCGAACCAAGGAUGGCAAGUUUCACGCUGCCUCGCUCGUCAUUGUGGCCGCCGGUGCCCUGGCCGCCAAGUUGGUGCCCGAGGCCGGUCAGAGGGUCGACGCCAAGUGCUGGUCCGUCGCCCAUGUCCGUCUAACUGACGAGGAGACGUCGGCGCUCCGUGGCAUUCCCGUCGUGUACGCCCGUGACCUGGGUUUCUACUUUGAGCCCGAUCCCAAGACCAACUUGUUGAAGCUGUGCCCGAUGGGUGGUGGCUACAUCAACACUGAUAAGACCACCGGCGUAUCCCUGCCCCCGGGAGCCCCGGGAGCCAGCACCGGCUUCCUCCCCGCCGAGGACGAGGCCAAGAUCCGGGAACUGCUCCGCCAGACCAUCCCGGCAUUGGCAGACCGCCCACUUGUCAAGAAGUCGCUCUGCUGGUUCGCCGAUACCGCAGACUCCGACUUUAUUAUUGACUACGCGCCGGACUCGUCAUCGUCAGUGGUUCUGCUGUCUGGAGACUCGGGCCAUGGAUUCAAAAUGUUUCCCAUAUUUGGAAAAUGGGUUGCGGAGCUUUUAGCGUCCUCCAAGGGCCAGACCAACGCGCGUUGGAAGAUCAAGGAUCCCAAGCCCAAGGCUGGUGAGGAUUGGGGCAGUGGUGUUAGCUGGCGAAUUGGCAAUACUACAGAGUAUCGCGAUAUCAAGCGAUCGACGGAAGUGGCGAAGCUAUAA